AUGCAUCUAUCACAUAUCUAUUACAUUUUUACUAUAUUGAUCUAUACGUCCGAUUGUUGGUCGAUGUCACAACCAACGAAUUCCUUUUUACACUCGUUACCAAAAUGUCCAGAAUUACUGCGCGCUGACCGAUUCUGCUGUAGUAGCAUUGAACCCGCUUCUGUGAAUUUUCUUUUCAGCCUAUGCCCUCUUUUGAAGAAAGAAAAUAGUCCGUUCUGUCUGUCUAUCUAUCUAUCUAUCUGGCUGGCUGUCUAUCUAUAUAAAUCUCUAUCUAUCUAUCUAUCUAUCUAUCUAUCUAUCUAUCUAUCUAUCUAUCCUAGUUUGUUAACAUCUGUCUAUCAAUAUAAGUCUACUCUGCCUAUCUAUCUAUCUAUCUAUCUCAAUUUGUUAACUUCUAUCUAUUUACCUAUCUCUGUAUUUACCUAUCUAUCUCACCAUUCUCUGUUCCUUUAUUUCCCUUUCAAUCUUCAAAUCAGAAUCGUUGCAUUUAAAUUUCCUUUAUUGCCCUUUCUCUGUUUCUUUAUUACCCUUUCUGUUCCUUUAUUACCCUUUCUCUGUUCCUUUAUUACCCUUUCUCUGUUCCUUUAUUGCCCUUUCGCUGUUUCUUUAUUACCUUUUCUCUGUUCCCCAUUCUCUGUUCCUUUAUUGCCCUUUUUUGUUUCUUUAUUACCUUUUCUCUGUUCCAUUAUUACCCUUUUCUCUGUUCCUUUAUUACCUUUUCUCUGUUCCUUUAUUGCCCUUUCGCUGUUUCUUUAUUACCUUUUCUCUGUUCCGUUAUUACCCUUUCUCUGUUCCUUUAUUAGCCAUUCUCUGUUCCUUUAUUUCCCUUUCAAUCUUCAAAUCAGAAUCGUUGCAUUUAAAUUUCCUUUAUUGCCUUUUCUCUGUUUCUUUAUUACCCCUUCUCUGUUCCGUUAUUACCCUUUCUCUGUUCCUUUAUUAGCCAUUCUCUGUUCCUUUAUUGCCCUUUCGCUGUUUCUUUAUUACCUUUUCUCUGUUCCGUUAUUACCCUUUCUCUGUUCCUUUAUUACCCUUUCUCUUUCUUUCUUUCUUUUUAUUCCUUUUCUUUCUUUCUUUCUUUCUUUUUAUUCCUGCUUUUUCUUUCUUUCUUUUUUCUUUCUUAUUUUAGUUCCUUCUUUCUUUUUAUUCCUGCUAUUUCUUUCUUUCCUUGUUAUUCUAGUUCUUUCUUUCUUUUUAUUCCUGCUAUUUCUUUCUUUCUUUCUUUCUUUUUAUUCCUGCUUUUUCUUUCUUUCUUUCUUUUUUCUUUCAUAUUUUAGUUCUUUCUUUCAUUUUAUUCCUGCUCUUUUUUUCUUUCCUUCUUAUUUUAGUUCUUUUUUCUUUUUAUUCCUGCUCUUUCUUUCGUUCCUUCUUUCUUUUUAUUCCUGUAUUUUCUUUCUUUCUUUUUAUUCCUGUAUUUUCUUUCUUUCUUUCUUUCUUUCUUUCUUUCUUUCUUUCUUUCUUUCUUUCUUUCUUUCUUUCUUAUUUAGUUCUUUCUUUCUUUUUAUUCCUGCUCUUUCUUUCUUUUUUCUUUCUUUUUUCUUUCUUUCUUAUUUUAGUUCUUUCUUUCUUUUUAUUCCUGCUCUUUCUUUCUUUCUUUCUUAUUCUAGUUCUUUCUUUCUUUUUAUUCCUUCUCUUUCUUUCUUUUUUCUUUCUUUCUCUCUUUCUUAUUUUAGUUCUUUCUUCUUUCUUUCUUUUUAUUCCUGCUCUUUCUUUCUUUUUAUUUUCUGUUUUUAA